CACUUCCGUAAACAAUGUGAUUCGGUCCGGGUGAAAAUAAGCUAAUUGCUAAAAGAAUUUAGCCGUUAUUAAGGGAAGUAUUAUACAAACUUAAUCAAAGAUCCUGAAACACACUCAAACGCCCCGCUGCCAUGGUUCGCCUGACUGUAGAUCUGAUUGGCAGAUCGAAGAAUCGUCUGAAAUCCAAAAGAAAUCUUUCUGUCCAACAUUAUCUCAAGAAAUUAACACACCUCAACUUUUCCAACAGACACAUUGAUCAUAUCGAUGACCUUUCCAUGUGCAGAAACCUGACGGUUCUAUACUUGUAUGACAAUCAAAUUACACGCAUCUGCAACCUGAAUUUCGCUUCCAAUCUCACACACCUGUACCUGCAGAACAACAAGAUCACCCACAUAGAGAACUUGUCAUGUUUGCAGAAGCUCUCCAAACUGUUCCUGGGGGGCAACAGCAUUACGCUGGUCGAGGGGUUGGAGCAAUUGAGAGAGCUGAAGGAGCUGCACAUCGAAGGCCAGAGACUCCCACCAGGAGAGAAGCUAGUCUUUGACCCUCGUACAGUCCAUAGCUUGUCGGAGUCAUUAUGUGUUUUAAAUAUUAACAACAACAACAUUGACGAGAUUCUGGAUCUGGUCGUUCUUAACAAACUGACACAUUUAUACGCUGCAGACAACCAGCUAUGGGACAUACAGGAAUUGGAGACAGUGUUUAGCCAGUGGCCUCAACUGCAUCGAAUGGAUUUACGUGGAAAUCCUGUCUGUCAUAAACCCAAAUACAGAGACAGACUAAUAACCAUUUGCAGAAGGCUGGAGGAACUUGAUGGGAAGGAGAUCACUGAGUUGUCCAGGCAGUUCUUGAUCAACUGGAAAGCCUCAAAAGACGCCAAGAAGAAAAUAACAGAUGGUAGAAACAUGACAGGACAAAUCUCAUAUCCCUUUUCUGCUGACUUUCGCUUGGGCCCCGAACAUCCCUUUCCCUAUAACUCUGCUGGCUUUCUGGGGAAGAGGAAGCCACUCUGGUUUGGGAGACCCACCAUGAAAAUGAGGUCAGGCGCAGUGCAGACGGACUGCGGAGGCGUAAGUAUGGAGAAUCAUGAAGACCCCCUGAGUGCAGGACUAAUUACAGAUAUUCAAGAGACGAAAGUUCAGAGUCACAUGGCUCUGUGAGCAUCCUCCAGAAGACACUUUGCGGACCUCUGAGACGUUUCCCAUGGCCUGCACCCAGCACACAGACAGUUCAUCACGAGUGCAUGUGGAAUGGAUCUGAGCGCUCACGAAAAGCUCGAGUCCACAGUAAUUGUCUGUCAUAAUGUCACAAUGCCACUUUCAGAGCUGUAACACGCUGACAGCAAGCACUCUCAGAGUCAUAUUUCUUUCUGUGCGCUCACACACUGCCUCUGUCUUCAAUCAGUUUAUUGACAGCAGUUUGAUCAGAUGAUGCUUGUAAGAAUUUCUGUUUUUAGCACAUUCGCUUGACCUUUGUCGUGUGUUUUUAUAUUUCAUUUUGAUGAGUUUUUUAUUUGUUUAACAUCAGAUUGACUUCCUGUUAUUUACAGUAUGAGACAGUGUGUGCAUUAAAAUAUAUUCUUUAUUCUUUUCUAUGUGUUUUGUUUAAGUGGAACUUGAAAUGCUGUACACUUCUGCAUUCCUGUCAUUAAUAUUAAAAAAAUAAUUCUUAUUUUAUUUGUUUUACAUUAUUUUUGCCAUGCACAAGCUUAACUGAUAACUAGAUACCAGAUUCCUAUUUUGUGUUUU